UCCUGCUCCAAGAUGGCGGACCAGGAGGCGCCACUCCUCCAGUCCCGGAACGGCGGCCGCCGCAGCAGCAGCGACGGCGGCGCUGUGGCGGCUGCCGCCGAGAGCCCCGAGCCAGCUCUCAAGCGUCAGCGCCGUGGCUCGGCUGACAGCGCCGGGUCGGGCUGCGCGGCCGCGAAGGGAGCCGGCGGAGAGGUAGAGGCGGCUCCUCUCCGAGGAAGCGCCGCCGAGGAGGCCCUGAAGAAGGGGGAGACGGAGGUCGCCGCCAGUGCCGAGCCGGGAGAGGCCGCGGUGGCGGCGGGCGGAGGAGGAGGAGAAGGCUGGAGCUGCGCCGAGAGCGGGGCUUGGCGGUGGGGUCCAGCCCAGGAGGCGCCGCACCAACUGCAGCCGCCGCCGCCGCCGCGGUGGCUGAGCCAAGGGGAGGGAGCGGAGGCGGCGCCCGCCGGAGACGCAGCGGAGGCGGCCAUUGGCUGCGGGCCGGCGCAGUGUUCGAACGGGGCUCUUGAGGCGGCGGUGGCUCCGCAACCCGAUAAUACAUUUUUUAGUGAUGAAAUCAUUGCAAAUGGCUUCCAUUCCUGUGAGAGUGAUGAAGAUGAUAGAGCCUCUCAUGCAAGCUCCAGUGACUGGACUCCAAGGCCUCGUAUAGGUCCCUACACUUUUGUCCAACAACAUCUCAUGAUAGGCACAGAUCCACGUGCAAUUCUGAAAGACUUGUUGCCAGAAACAAUUCCUCCCCCUGAACUGGAUGAUAUGACAUUAUGGCAAAUUGUUAUUAAUAUUCUGUCAGAACCACCUAAAAGAAAAAAGAGAAAAGAUAUCAACACUAUAGAGGAUGCUGUGAAACUCCUACAAGAGUGCAAAAAAAUAAUUGUCUUGACUGGAGCUGGGGUAUCUGUUUCUUGUGGAAUUCCUGACUUCCGGUCAAGAGAUGGCAUCUAUGCACGCCUUGCUGUAGAUUUCCCAGAUCUUCCUGAUCCUCAAGCAAUGUUUGACAUUGAAUACUUCAGAAAAGAUCCAAGGCCAUUUUUUAAAUUUGCAAAGGAAAUAUAUCCUGGACAGUUUCAACCAUCUCUCUGUCAUAAAUUUAUAGCUUUGAUGGAUAAAGAAAGAAAACUGCUUCGCAAUUAUACUCAGAAUAUAGAUACACUGGAACAAGUGGCAGGAAUUCAAAGGAUAAUCCAAUGUCAUGGUUCCUUUGCAACAGCUUCUUGCCUCAUUUGUAAAUACAAGGUUGAUUGUGAAGUUGUUCGAGGAGAUAUUUUUAAUCAGGUUGUUCCUAGAUGUCCCAGAUGUUCACCUGAUGAACCACUUGCCAUCAUGAAACCAGAAAUAGUGUUCUUUGGUGAAAAUCUACCUGAGCAGUUUCAUAGAGCGAUGAAAUAUGACAAAGAUGAGGUUGAUCUUCUUAUUGUUAUUGGUUCUUCACUUAAAGUAAGACCAGUAGCAUUGAUUCCAAGUUCCAUCCCACAUGAAGUGCCUCAGAUUCUAAUUAACAGGGAACCAUUGCCUCACCUACACUUCGAUGUGGAGCUUCUUGGUGACUGUGAUGUUAUUAUCAACGAAUUAUGUCAUAGAUUAGGUGGUGAAUAUACAAAACUUUGUAACAGUUCAGUCAAACUUUCAGAAAUAACAGAGAAACCUCCACGACCACACAAAGAAUUUGAAAUACAUUCAGUUGAGUUACCACCUACUCCUCUAAACAUUUCCGAAUAUUCUAGUUCACCUGACAGAAUUGCAUCACAAGAUUCUCGAGUGGUACAUUCGGAGCAUUCUUCGGAAUAUAAAGCAGGAAAUUCUGAUGCUGUGGAGUCAAAAGAGAACUGUGUAGAGGCGAAAUCACAAGAAGUACAAAACUCUUUAGAAAAUGUUGAAAGUCUUCCUGGACAGUUAGAAAACCCAGAACAUGUGAAGGAACAUGGAUCUAACCAAGGGGAAAACAAAGAGAGAAGUGAAAAAACAUCUGUUGAAACACUGAGAAAGUUUUGGGUUAAUAGAUGUGCAAAAGAGCAGAUCAGCAAGCGGCUUGAUGGUACCCAAUACUUGUUCUUACCGCCAAAUCGCUAUAUUUUCCAUGGUGCUGAGGUAUACUCGGACUCUGAAGAUGAUGUCAUAUCCUCCAGCUCUUGUGGAAGUAGCAGUGAUAGUGGGUCUUGUCAUAGUCCAAGCUUAGACAUAGAAGAUGAAAGUGAAAUUGAAGAAUUCUAUAAUGGCAUAGAAGAAGAAGAAGAUGCUCCUGAUAGAGAAGAGGAGAAUGGAUUUGGGGAAGAUGGCAUUGACCUUCAAGAAUCUGUUGACGAAUCAGUUUCUGCAAAUGAGGCUGUAGGAUUUGACUGUUCAGCAGACAAGUUGUAAAGCAAUUACUGACUGGUUUCAGGAACAUUUCCACCAGCAUUAGGAAUUUUGGCAUGUCAGAAUGAAUGUGUACUGAAUUUAGAGCAAGAAAAACAUAAGGAUGUAAUGUUUAUAAACAACUAGAGUAGAUUUUCAUGCAUAGUUUUCUAACUUUUCCAAUCAAAUUCUAUAAAGGCACACUCAAAACACUAACCUUCUUUGCAUUUUGAAUUUUGGAGAAGGUACUAAGUAUCUUUUUACUGUCACCGCAUUCACUUUUAUUAAGUUAAUCUGUGUGAUCUGUGUGUAUGUAUAUACAGUAUUUUUGCUUAACAAAUUUCAACCUGUUUUAUUUUUGAACCGUUUGAAAAAGCCAUUGGAAUGUUAAUAUAAUAUAAAGGGAACAGCUAAUCUAGACCAAAGAAUGGUAUUUUUCACUUCUCUUGCUUUGUAACAUUUUGGUUUAUUUAAAGCCUGCUUAUGUCUCUCCUAACUCUGUUACUGCAUAAUUUGUUAAACACUGGUAUUUCCAAAAAGUUACUUUGGCAGCUAUAUUUUUUUUAACAUGACCCUUCAUGUUGAGCAUAUUUGCAUGUGAGCAUAUUGAAAAUUAAUUAGGCAUCAUAGUGAGCACCUGAAAAUCUCUGACUAUUUAGAUUACUAGAAAGUGCUAUUUAAAAAUAAAAAUAAAGAAGCAAAACAACUUCCUGUGGAUAUGUAAUACUGCCUAUUGGCUUGCAAAAUCAUUAAGUGUUAAAUAAGAAAUUACCAAAUUUGUUUUGGUUUGAUACAAAAUGGGUAUUUGGUACAGGGAUUCUUUAUACAAAACACUUAAAGUAUAAAAUCCUUUGUGUACACUGCCAAGAUAUGAAUAUGUAAAUGUACUGAAGGCGUGGAUAUGAUUUCAGAAUAGGUAAGCAGUCUCCACCCCAACUAAAAAAGUGUUUCUAUACUUUUCAACGCCUUCCACAAACUUUUGUAAGGAUCUACUUAUGCUUCCAAUAAAAAUACACACACAAAAGCAUUACUUUAAAAUAUGCUGAAUAAGGACUUCUGUUUGAAGUACCUAACACCACUUGUUGGUACACUGUUAUACAAAAAGCGGCUACUGAAAUUUGUCCCAAUACUGCCUCAAGGCUGCCUUUUAAAAUGGAUGUCGCAAAUGUUACCAGCUGCAGAUAGUUUCCAUCUUUCACAAUUUGCUUCCUAUUUGUGCAUCCAAUGAUACGUUUUUGCAUUUAUUCUUGAAACCACUUUUCAAGCGAUCGGAGAGAGCUCUACCAGUAAUUGAUCAUCCAUGUGCAUUGCUUUAAUAUUUAUUCCUUUUUGAAAUAUGUAUAGUAGCUGUCCUUUUUAAGCAAUUAAUACAUCUAUUCUGUAACACAGCAUAACAAAGUGUUAGGAAUGGCCUUUUGUGUUCAUCUGAAAAAUGUUGGCAUGUUUUCUUAUGGUCCAAGUUCUAAAUAACAGAACUUACUGGACUCCACUAAAGAAUGCAAUAUGUUUAGCUUUGCUUGCAUGUCAAAACGUAUUUGUGCUAUAGGAGAUAUUUUAAAUGGAAAUAUUUUGUUUUUAAAUUAUUUUUACAGUGUGGAUUAUUUUCUGCUUUUAUAUUGUAUAUAGUGUCUUUUAUGUAACCAAUUGGCAAAUGUUUUGUAGAAGACUGUUUUAAAAUGACCUGGCUCUCUUCCUGCAACUUUUCAAAUACAAAACCAGUGUUUUAUACUCGUA